AUGCGCCUGUUGACACCUGAGGUGCACUUACAAGGUGUUCCGCAGAAGCUGCAACACUACCGACACCUGCCGAGAAUGCAACUGCUUAAUGUUCAGGGUCCAGGACAGGGGGGAGGCUACAUGGAUUGGUGGACUUCGCUGGCAGCGAGUAUUGCCCUGCUCUGGAUUUUCUGCUUUAUAGACGGCAAUGCUGUGCUUGAGCUGCGACUGCUUUUCCAUGCUUUGACCAAAGCUGCUUGCCACCUGUACCUGGCCCUGCUCCCGCUGCGCCGAGCAGCCACCCACUUCGCCGACUGCGCAAGGCACCUGAUCAACAAUGCCCAGCAAAGACCCUCUCCCCACGGCUACCUCCACCAAGGCCAGUGUCUAUCUAGGAAAGGCACGCUGCACUUCCUGGAGGGCAUGUGUGUGGUGUGCGAGACGGUGCCCAACCUGAUGGGCGCAGCGCUCAGUGUGGGUGCCGCCUUCUGCCACAUGCUGCAGGGGGGCUUCUACGUCCUGGCGGCCACGCUGCGCACCAUCCAGAUCAACCUGUUCUCCCAAAUGAAUGGCGAAAAGGAGAGAUGGGACAAAGAGCGACUCAGAGCCAAAGAGAGCGAGAAAAAGCUAAAUUCAAAAGUGUUGGAAUACAUCUCAGUGUUUUGUCAAGACCCUGUCAGCGCUUUACGCAUCAAGGUUGACGUGCCACCUGUGUAUAGAUAA